AUGUCCCGUGGAGGAGCAGGAGCUGCUGAUUCUCCUGKGUGUGACCAUGGCACACAGGAUCGGGGCUGUGCUGUGUGUGACCAUGGCACCGAGGAUCAGAGCUUUGCUGUGCAGCUCAGCACUCUGAGUGCAGAUGGGACAUGUGCAGCUCUGCUGGGAGCCAGGGGGAAGGUGAGCACCAUGCAGUAUUGUCCUGUGGCCCUAAAUGCAGAGMUUUCAGUGGAUAACAGAGCUGGGAUUGCCCAGAGCCCCAGGCUGGGCUCAGCCAGCAGAGCUCGGACCAUGGAGUGCUUCCAGAGCCAGGCUCCGACCAAAACCAGCRCCCAGGGACAGCUCUACAACUUCCUGGAGAGACCCAGCGGCUGGAAGUGCUUCAUCUAUCAUUUUGCUGUGUUUCUCCUGGUGCUGAUUUGUUUAAUAUUCAGUGUGCUGUCCACUAUAGAGCAAUAUUCWGAGUUUGCCAUUGGAACCCUUUUCUGGAUGGAAAUGGUGCUGGUGGUGUUUUUUGGGGCUGAGUACGUGGUGAGGCUGUGGUCUGCAGGCUGCAGGAGCAAAUACGUCGGCUUGCAGGGCAGGAUCCGCUUUGCCAGGAAACCCAUAUCCAUCAUUGAUCUGAUUGUGGUGGUGGCCUCAAUUAUCGUUCUGAGCAUCGGAUCCAACGGGCAGGUGUUUGCCACCUCUGCCAUCAGGGGGAUCCGCUUCCUGCAGAUCCUGCGGAUGCUGCACGUGGAUCGCCAGGGGGGCACCUGGAGGCUCUUGGGCUCUGUGGUUUUCAUCCAUCGCCAGGAGCUCAUAACCACGCUGUACAUUGGAUUCUUGGGAUUGAUUUUCUCCUCCUAUUUUGUUUACCUGGCUGAGAAGGAUGCAGUUGAUGAGGAUGGAAAGACAGGUUUCUCCAGCUAUGCUGAUGCCCUUUGGUGGGGUGUGGUGACAGUGACAACAAUUGGCUAUGGAGACAAAGUUCCCCAGACGUGGAUUGGGAAGACAAUCGCCUCCUGCUUUUCGGUGUUUGCCAUCUCCUUCUUCGCCCUGCCUGCUGGCAUUCUGGGCUCUGGUUUUGCCCUGAAGGUGCAGCAGAAGCAGCGUCAGAAGCAUUUCAACAGACAGAUCCCAGCUGCAGCUUCCCUCAUCCAGACCCUGUGGCGCUGCUACGCCGCAGAGAAAUCCUGCACCUCCACAGCCACCUGGAAGAUCUAUGUGACCCCAACCACACAGAACCCCAAAAAGGCUYCAGCACCACCCAGUCCCAGCCUGAGGAAACAGGCCAGAAGAUCCAGAAGGAAGGGGAAGCUGGGCUGUGGGAAUGGCUCUGCUCCUGCCAUAAACCCAGGAGAAAAUGCCCUGUGUGUUCCCCAGAUCACUUAUGAUCACACCGAGGAGCCAGAGGACAGGAAAGAUGUGAACUUCUACAUCGGUGAGACCACAGAGAGAAGACGUUUGGAAGGGCACAACCAAGACAUGUCACGGGCCAACAGCUUCACCGAUGACAUGGACGUGGUACCCGAGGAGUCACCACUGCCAGCAGCCUCCGACGUGGCACAAGAAGUAUCCAGGCUGACUGAGGCACACAGGACAGCUGUCAGAGUCAUCAGGAGAAUGCAGUAUUUUGUGGCCAGGAGGAAAUUUCAGCAAGCGCGGAAGCCGUACGAUGUCCGAGAUGUGAUCGAGCAGUACUCCCAGGGCCACCUCAACAUGAUGGUUCGCAUCAAAGAACUUCAAAGAAGGUUGGACCAAUCRCUGGGAAAGCCAGGUCUUUUCCUCCCAGAAAAAGGAGUAGACAAAGGAUACUACAGCAUAGGAGCCAGACUGAUCCGGCUGGAGGAUAAGGUGAUGCAGAUGGACCAGAAGGUGGAUUCCAUCCUGAGCAGGCUGCAGGCUCAGCUGGAGGAGCAGCCCCGGGCACCAGGACCGGCCAYCCCUCGGGCCACCAGCCAGGACAUGUGACAGCCAGGGGACAGCCUGGUGUCACCCUCCCCUCCUUUCACCCACUCUCGGUGUCUUCGGCUGCCUCGUGGGUCAAACAAAACAUUCUCCGUAGAUUAACGGAGGAAAAAAAAAAAAUAAAAAUAGAAGCAACAACAAGAAGUCGGUCACGACCUUAGGAGAACCCAUAAGUUCUGCACCUGUUUGAUUUUAGCUAAAUUCUGCCAGCCCCACUUGGGCAGAGCUCGCAGGGGCUCUGGAGAGGGGAACAUCCCAGCCCGGGUUGGGAUGACCCAUUUGUGGGCACGCAAGGGGAAAGGAACUGUUCUUUUGGCAUUUCAUCACUACAUUUAAUGCUCACAGCAUGCCCGAAAGGGGGAAAGGAGCCAGCAUUUGAACAUGAAACAAAUGGAAAUCAGUGAACAGGAAAAUUAAACAGCAUGUUUUGACUUCUACCAAGCAGCGAGGAUCAUAAGAAGGGCAGAUUUAUGUGCUGGUGCGAAUGACAAAGUAAAGACAACAGGCUACUGAUUAAAAAUAUGGAAGUGUACACAGGCUGCUUGACAUAUGAAAGGCUGCAGCAAAGAGUUCAGCUAAUUAAAGCGAGGGAUUGCCAGUGAGAUGAGAUGAGAUGCGUGUUGGAACAGACAGGCCAGGGGGUGAUAGCAUCAGCGUGGGCUCCCUGCGCCACAACUGCAGCUCUAUCAGCCACGCUGGCUGUUAUGCAAAGCGUUCUCAGGUUUUACCUUCCUUCAGCAGCGCUUUUUGACUCUAAUUGCUCCAUUUUAGCACAAUAAACCUGAAUUUAUUCGGCUGUGAGCGACUUUCUUUCCAGACUUUCGACUUUCUUUCGGGGCUGGGUUGGAGCUGGGUGCUGCUGUGACCCAGAGUGGCAGAGCUUCUCCAAGAAAACAGAAACGCACACUGGCUGUUAUGCAAAGCAUUCUCAGGUUUUACCUUCCUUCAGCAACGCUUUUUGACUCCAAUUGCUCCAUUUUAACACAAUAAACCCGAAUUUAUUCGGCUGUGAGCGACCUGCAGGGCUGGGUUGGAGAUGGGUGCUGCUGUGACCCAGAGUGGCAGAGCUCCUCCAAGAAAACAGAAACGCGCACGCUGCUGCUGCUGGAAGUUAAGUGCUGUUUAAAUAAACUGCUGUAUAGAAUUUGAAAUGCUAGAUUUAUUUUUUUGCCUCAUAAUCCGGCUGUAAAUCGAGUGCAUGUGCUGGCUGGUGGGCUGGUGGUGGUGAGGAGCACAUCUGGUGCAGGG